UUCAAUCCGACACGCGCUGAUUGGCUGCGUCAGUGCGAACUGUUUUGUUGAUAAAUAACUUUGAUGGAUUGAUUAUUUUUCAAGAGGAUCCUCGAACUCUGCACGUCCUGCAACCGGUAGGGGUAAAACCGCGCUGAAACAGCAGAAUGUUAGGGGGGGAGAACAGAUUUGGUGGCUACAGCUGAGGAGUUCAAAUGUGUUCGGAAACCAAAAGUUGUUAAAUCUGUCAGCCUUGCGCGUUGGAAAGGCCUCUCGAUGCAUUGUGACACGGUAUUCUAGCGUAUCAAAUGUGCGCACUUACGUCUAGAAGAUUACGACAGGCUGCAUUGUUCGUGGUGUGUAUAUGGUCAUGCACGCUGUUGACUUUGCCCAGGGUUGGAACAGUUUUGUAAGCUGCUGUCACCCGAACUUGAAAAGCAACGAAGGAGGACGUCGGUACCACACUGCAACAGUAACAUUUCCUGUGACUGAGGAAUGACUGAGUUUUUAAAUAUUUACACCACCUUUAUACUGCAGUUUGAAUGUAAGAAGAGAGGUGGGGCUCCUAGACCCCACAAAAUCUUGCAUGUCUUCUGCACUGUAAAACUUUUUUUUUUCAUCCAGUCUUGUAAUAGGCUUACUUAAAACUGUAGUAAAAAGUAUUGAAAGCCCCAGGUUUUACUUGUCUUAUAGUUUCACACAAUUGCCAUGAGUCUUUCUCCACACCAGAGAGGAACCAUAAACAGUAUUAGCAAGCAGAAUGUUGAAGCCGCUGGUGAAGCAAUGCAGCAUUCAGGAGCUCUGUUCUACAACGUAGGUGCUCCCUCUUUGGAGCAAACUCACAGCAGCCCAGAGGUUUUGGUGGAUUCUAGCCCUGAAGUCCAGAGCGUUUACAAAUCCGAUAAAGCAUAUCAGGUCCGGGGCAAUUUUCAGCAAACGGGACCAGUAAAGUGGAUGCCUCAAAACCAAGUGCAGACCACAACUUGGUUUCAGGGUGCCCCAAACCUGAAUAAGUGGUCACAGAACUUUGGACCUUCUCUAGGUGGUAUGGAUGACCCAAGAGCUUUUCACAAAAGUCAAGAAAUGGAGGCUAUGAAGCUGGAGAAGCAUUCACCAAGUUCCUCACAGUCCUACACAGACACCGCUCAUAUCCCUGGGGUGGAUUGGGACCAUCACACGAUGGCAGCCAUGCAUCACGCUCAAUAUCAGGCGCUCCAACAAGGUCACAGACCUGCAGACCUCCAGUAUCAGCCUCAGGGAAUGCAUCACGAUAUGUCAGACUCUACUCUGCAACCCUUCCAGCUGGCUUUCGGACCCACCAAGCAACCGCAGGCACCUGGUUUCCAACAAGUCUUCCAAGGCACCAAUGCAUCUCUAAAUAUGAAUUAUACCGAGAAACCAAAAUCGCAACAGCACCUCAUGCAGUUGCAACAGCAGCAGCUGCAUCGCCAGCACCAGAUGCAACAAAUGCAUCAGUUGCAGCAGCAACAACAACAACAGCAGCAUCAACUGCAACAGCAGCAGCGGCUGCAUCAAAUGCAACAGCAAUACCAGCUGCAACAGAUGCAGCAGCAACUGCAACAGCAUGCACAAGGUUUUCAAAACCCGGAGACUAUAGAAAAGCAGCGAGUGAAACAAGAAAUCGAGCCUCCGGCUCUGACCAGUACUCAGGUGAAAAAGGAUUCAAGCCAGACUCAGCUCACCAGCUCUCAAACACAACAUCCUGUUCCUCAGGGAGCUAAUUAUCAGGAAUCGGAUCCCGCAGAGGCCUCUUCAGAACUCCGGGAGACCCAGACCAAACGUCAGGUUCCCCCUCGACGCUCCCGGCGGCUUUCCAAAGAUGGACUCUCUCCUCAAGGAAACCAAACAUCCAAGGACAAGGUUUCUGCUCAGAAUGGAGGAGUUGGUGGAGUCCAAGGACCCGCAGUAGGGGUCAUCCAAAGCACUCCGAGACGACGGAGGGCCUCAAAGGAGAUCAACCUUGAGACCCUUGCUCAAAAGGCUUCAGAGAUGGAGUUUUUGCCAGCAAAGUGUGAAGACGUUACCCCUGGUAGACCAGCUGGUAUGGCACCCCUAGUCAUCCCAGUCUCUGUGCCAGUUCGGAAAGGUCAGAUGGAAGCGCCGGGCAGCUGGACACAGCUGGAUAAAGUCCGACCGCCCUCAGAGAUUUCACAUCAACAAAACCAGCCUGAUUGUAAACCCUCGGUUAUUGUAGCACACCGUCAUUCAAUAAAGAACUCUGCAACCGACAGCUUCAUCCAGGGUAAAGGGCAAGAGGACAAAUCCAGGCGGCGCCCACGUCCUGAGCCUCUGGUCAUACCUCAGCCAUGCACAUUCAUCACACCUUCUGUUUACUCCAGCAUCACUUCCUAUCAGAGCAAUCUGCGCUCCCCAAUACGCCUGCUAGACCAUGCCAGUAUCAUCCCGCCUUACACCCCUCCACCCAUUCUUUCACCUGUGCGGGAAGGCUCUGGGCUGUACUUCUCUGCUGUCCUCUCUUCUAUGGCGGCAGGCAGCCAGGUCCUGCCUCCUCCAUCCACACCCCGCAGCGCCACUCGAAGUCUGCUACAUUCAAGCAGUUCUGAAAUCACCCCUCCUGUGCUCUCAGUGAUCGGAGAAGCAACGCCUGUCAGCCUAGAACCGCGCAUAAACAUUGGCUCUCAGUAUCAGGCAGAAAUUCCAGAGCUAUUGGACGGAACACUAGCCCUAAAGGACCAGCAUAAAGCCACUUUGGUCUGGCUCCCUAAUUCAAAGGCUGAUUCUACGCCCUCCCAGGAUUCAAAACUUGAUGAUCUGAUGAACCUGGUCUGCUCUAGUGUCAUGUAUGGAGGAGGAACCAACCCAGAGCUAGCAAUGCACUGCCUGCAUGAGUGCAGAGGGGAUGUCAUGGAAGCUCUGGAAAUGAUGUUGAUGAAGAAUCCCAUCUUCUCCAGGAACCACCAUCUGGCGAACUACCAUUACGCAGGAUCAGACAGCUGGACGGUGGAUGAAAAACGAUACUUCAACAAGGGAAUUUCUGCUUAUAGGAAAGAUUUCUUCUUGGUGCAAAAACUGGUGAGGAGUAAAACAAUGGCGCAGUGUGUGGAGUUCUACUACACCUAUAAAAAACAAGCAAAGGUUGGCCGCAAUGGCACGUAUACAUAUGGACCUUUAGAGCCGGAGGAUAACAUCCCUGUGAUUAAAGCAAAACAAGAAGAAGAAAAUGAGAGCAGACAACAGGAAGGAACACAAGACAAUAGGGAUGGCAGUGUUCUAAAUGUGACUAAGACAUUUCAAAACAUUACGAAUGAGAGGGCAGACGUGGUUCAUCUGGACCAGAAGAACAUCUCUGCGCAGGAGCCUUGUGGCCUGAUGCCAGCUCCUCAGCCCUCCUUCAAAACUCCUUCCCCUGCACCUCAGAAGCCUCUCUCGGACAGUACCGGCAAGAAAAACAGGGCCUCGACUGGCAACAAAAGUCAGGGCGAGCCAGAGGGUAUUUUCCCUUGCAAGAAGUGCAGUAGGGUGUUCUAUAAGGUGAAGAGUCGCAGCGCUCACAUGAAGAGUCACGCCGAGCAGGAGAAGAAGGCAGCAGCUCAGCGCCAAAGAGAAGAGGAGGAGCGGGCUGCUAAGGCACGGCAGGAGAUGCUGGAGGCAGCGAGGAGGAAGGAGACCCAAAGAGGAGGGCACGAAGAGAGUAGUGGAGCUGAGGAAAGCUCCGUAGAGCUGGAUGAUGAGCAGGAUGAAGACUGGCAAUGAGCAUGACUGGCAUGACUCUUUUAGUACUCUUCUUUAGUACCAGUCGGUACCAAAAAUCUGCCACCUGUGCAUCCUAGUUAAGGGCAGUUGGUAUGUUUGAAAAGAUGUCUGAAAUAUCUUUAAUUUUUUACCAACAUUUUAUAUGAAUUUUUCAUUUGGUAUAUAUUUUUAAAACGGGCAGAUGUCAGUUUAGCAUCAUUAAUGAGAUGCUUACGAAACAGUGACGCAGUGAAUACGAUAACAGAUGUAAAAAGGUUUGCAGAACUGGGUUUGAUUUCGAUCAAAAUACCCAAACAAAUUUUGUUUGCAUUCAGUGAAACUUGUGAGUAUUUUUUUAACAAGUUUAUGUAAUAUACAUACAGUAAUAUGUAAUCAAGAACACAAACUAAAAUCCACCCUCAUGUACCUAUGGAUAAUUUAAAUGUAAUAUUUCUUGUGCAUGAAAUGUACAUAAUGCCUAGAAAUAUAUAUAUGUUGACUUCUGUGUAUUAUACUGUGUACAAUAUUGCUUUCCUAUUUUUUUCAGUACUCUAAGCUUAAAAGGAAUGUGUAUUUAUGUUUUGAAUGCACUUAAAGGGAAGUGGAAUAUGUGGGGUUAAGGGAUUUUUAUAAAAACUCGCAUGUAAAUAAAAUCUGAAGUUUAGCAAAUCACAAAUACAUUUUAAACAUAAUUACAUUUUUCACUUUCACUUUUGGCGACCAU